AUGACUACGAAAGAAUUGUACACAAAGGGUGCCCGUAUCUGGGUGGAACAUCCAGUAAAGGUUUGGGAGGGGGCCACAGUUACCAGCGACUACAGGUCUGGAGUCUUGAUAGUUCAACUAGAUGAUAAUAAAGAGAUACGACAGAUAAAGAUUCCAGACGAGGGUCGCAUGCCCCCGUUGCGGAAUCCCUCUCUUCUGAUUGGUCAGAAUGAUCUCACAUCCCUUUCAUACCUGCACGAGCCAGCCGUGUUGCACAAUUUGAAAGUUCGAUUCUGUGACCGCAAUGCCAUCUAUACGUACUGUGGAAUUGUACUCGUCGCUAUCAAUCCUUACUAUGAUCUACCCAUAUAUGGGGAUGAAACUAUUAUGGCAUACCGAGGUCAGUCUAUGGGAGACCUGGAUCCGCAUAUAUUCGCUGUCUCCGAGGAAGCCUACACCAAACUGGAGAGGGAACGACGCGACCAAAGCAUAAUAGUAAGUGGUGAAUCCGGUGCUGGUAAGACAGUGUCUGCGAAAUACGCGAUGAGGUAUUUCGCAGCGGUGGGCGGAAAUGCAAGCGAGACGCAGGUGGAGAGGAAAGUGCUGGCAUCCAGUCCUAUUAUGGAGGCUAUAGGAAACGCGAAAACAACGCGAAACGACAACUCAUCGCGUUUCGGAAAAUUCAUAGAGAUCCACUUCGACAACCAGUACCGGAUAUCUGGUGCGAGCAUGCGCACCUAUUUGCUCGAGAAGAGUCGCGUCGUGUACCAGAGCGCUGGAGAACGGAACUAUCAUAUAUUUUACCAGCUCUGCGCCGGUGCUGCUACGGAGAAGAUGCCCGAGUUACAAUUAGAUCAUCAAGACACGUUCCACUAUUUGAAUCAGGGUGGCAGCCCUGAAAUUGACGGGGUCGAUGAUUAUAAGACUUUUAGGGAGACUAAAAAUGCGCUCUCUACUUUGGGUGUAACAGAAUCCGAGCAAAGAAGUAUGUUUACAGUACUAGCGGCCAUUCUUCAUCUUGGUAACGUUGAGUUGACCUCAGAUCCGGAUGAAAUGCAGCUGGAUAACCAAGAUGGCGCCUAUAUACGUCCUAACGACAAGCAUCUAUCAAUUGUAUGUUCUCUCCUUGGAGUGUCGAAGCCUGAGCUAUCGCGGUGGCUAACACAUCGUCGAAUUGCAUCUGCGCAUGAGGUUAUCGUGUCGCGUAUGGACGUACAACGCGCGGUUUUCGCGAGAGACGCUUUGGCUAAAAGAAUGUAUGGCAAGCUAUUUGCUUGGCUUGUGCAGGCUGUGAAUCGUGCUUUAGACACUGGCAACGCUAAAAAACACUUUAUUGGUGUUCUUGAUAUUUAUGGUUUUGAAACCUUCGAAAUAAACUCGUUCGAACAAUUCUGUAUUAACUAUGCGAAUGAAAAGUUGCAACAACAGUUCAAUUCUCAUGUCUUCAAACUAGAGCAAGACGAAUAUAUUAAGGAGGAAAUAUCCUGGAAGAUGAUUGAUUUUUAUGAUAACCAACCGUGCAUUGAUCUCAUUGAGGACCGUUUAGGGGUCUUAGCUCUUUUGGAUGAGGAAUGCAGGGUACCACAGGGUUCUGACAUGGGCUUCGUGAGCAAAUUGCACGACAAAUGUUCAAACUACCCGCAUUUCUUAAAACCCCGUUUUGGAAGUGCUGCAUUCAUCAUAAAACACUUCGCGGACAUCGUAGAGUACCAAUGUGGAGGAUUCCUCGAAAAGAACCGCGACACAGUUCUAGAAGAACAGUUGGAAUGUAUCAAGUCUGCGACGAACUGUCGUCUUAUUCAUUCUAUGUUUGCUGAGAGUCCUUCCGACCAUUCUGCAACUUUGCCACCACCAUCUCGAAGACGGACUACACCGUCUGUUCCAUUAGCUAGUCUUACGCAACCGCCACGUCGAACUUCAACUCAAAAACAAACUGUCGGCGCGCAAUUCCGUCAGUCUCUAUCUGCUCUUAUGGCGACGCUGUCAGCGACGACACCGCAUUACGUGCGAUGUAUUAAGCCGAAUGACACGAAGCAAGCUUUCCAGUUCGAUGCUGCUAGGGCUGUAAACCAAUUACGAGCCUGCGGUGUAUUGGAGACUAUUAGAAUUUCAGCCGCUGGAUUUCCGUCGCGAUGGCUGUACCAAGAUUUCUUUUAUAGAUAUCGUCUGCUAUGUAGAUUUAAGGAAAUUGACCGAGGCGAUAUAAAAAAGACUUGUUCAAGUAUUUUACAACGUUAUUUGAAGGAGCCGGAUAAAUACCAAUUUGGUACUACUAAGAUAUUCUUUAGAGCUGGACAGGUAGCCUAUCUAGAGAAAGUGCGUGCAGAUUUGCAACGUGCGUACUGCGUGCGCGUACAAAGUUGCGUACGCGGUUUCUUGGCUAGACGUCGUUACACGUGUAUAAUGCGAGCGAUCCGUGGUAUUCAGGCUUACGCCAGAGGACAUAUCGGUAGGACCAAAGCGCAGGAAAUUCGUCGCGAACGUGCAGCGAUUAAAAUCCAAAAACACAUCCGCGGCUGGCUCGCUCGUAAGCGCUAUCGUAAAUUGCGCCACCUCGCUAUUGGGUUGCAGGCACGCGCUAGAGGCUACCUUGCUAGAAAACAUUAUAAGGAGAAACGGUAUCUUCAAGCGACAAUCACUAUUCAACGUUACGCCAGAGGAUAUCUGGCGCGCAUGAGGGUACGGCGCAUGCGCAGACAGAUUAUUGUGGCGCAGGCUUCUAUCCGUCGCUUCCUCGCACGCAGACAAUACAAGCGCCUGCGCAUAGAAGCGCGCAGUAUCGACCACGUGAAGACCCUGAACAAGGGAUUGGAAAACAAGAUUAUAUCGCUUCAACAGAGGUUGGAACACGCCCAGGAUAAGGCAAAGGCGAUAGAGCCUCUGCAAGCCCAGAUUGUUGAGUUGAGGUCCAAACUCGAGUAUUUGAAACAAGUAGAAAUCGAAGCGCGAAGUCUCAAAGUAGACAUUCAAGAUAAGGACAACUUCCUAAUUUUCCUCAAAGAGGAGCUCGCGAAAGAGAAGGAGAAUAACAAGCGAUUGGCAGAGGAAAAGAGUCAGAUAGAGAUGAGAUAUAAAAAGGAGAAAGAAGCAAAGGAAGCGGAGAAUGAGAAGUUGGCGAACGAAUUGAAGAGUAAUAAGGAGCAUUUCGAAUUGCUGAUUGAAGAACGCGAUAAGAAACAUGAAGCGGAGAAGAAGGCGCUAUGUCUGGAGUUGGAGACGGAGAGGCAAAGUAGACAGAAGCUGCUUUCGUCUCAAUACGAUUUGCAAGAGAAGAUUGACUCGUUACAAAGGGUCCCAUCUAAAGAACACAGACGCUCUCUGUCGGACGCUAGCAACAACUCGCAACAGGAAACUACCGUUGAGGAUGAUUUCGGAUACGGUUCUGUUCGUUCAGUUGAAACAACCAGACCAGCCCUCGAGGCAGUUAACUGGUCUGCUGGUUCACAUAACGGACCGUCUCCAAUCGCCGACGCUGGUCUUGUACUCCGGAUGCAGAAUAGGAUAUCGAUUCUUCAGGGUGAAUUGUCCAGAACCGCAAAGAGAGCCAGUGAUCUAGAGGAUAGAUUAAUGAAUCGGCUCAUGUUACCACCAUCGAAUCCGAACAGCGAUCGAUUCAAAGUGGAAGAGCUCGAGAUUGAAAACAAGAAGCUACGAGAACAAAUUGACAGACUUCGUGCAGCUGGGGACAGCAUUAUUCUGUCAAAGGAGGUGAUAGGUCAAAUGGAUGCCAUGCAAAAGGAAUUGGACAGACGUAGAGAUGAGUGUGUGCAAUUAAAGAGUGUUCUUACUCACCAGACUGUAAAUCUAAAGUCGCUCGCAAGUAACUACGGUUCAGAUGUGGACAUCAUCAACGAGGAUGGUGAAUUGGCUUCAGCGUACGAGGCCCAGAAGGGUAUCAAUAGGCAAUUGCAAGAGGAGCUGACGGCAGAAAAGCAGUUCUUUGCUGAGAACAUCUCUCGCACUAAGAUCGAGAUAGAGAAACUUAGAGAAGAGAAUGAGAAGUAUCAGAAGUUGCUAAGUACAGAUCUGAGCGCUGAACCAAAGAAUAAAGCCCAAGAAUACGCGCAGAAUGAAAUUAUCAGAUUGGCAUCUGAAAAUCUGGCUAUACAGGAGCGUAUCGACAAACUAUCAGAAAGCUGUCGUAGGUAUAAGAACCAAAUUCGUAUGCUGGUCAAUAAGCUCAAGGAAGCAGGAAUCGAAGAUGUUCAAGAUAUUUUGGAGGGCAAUGACACUGUAGUAUCUCAAAACACGAGCCUUCCCUUAGAAAUGGCGAUGGUGACGCGUAAGAAGGAACGGGAAUAUCUCGGAAUGUUCGAGUAUAAGUUGCAAGAUGAACAUACGAUCAUCAAGAAACUCAUCAUCGAUCUAAAAACGCACGUGGCAACUACCCUCCUACCUGGGUUGCCAGCUUACAUCCUCUUUAUGAUGUUACGACACACUGAUCAUGUGGAUGAUGAGCCUAAGAUGCACUCGCUGAUGAAGGGAAUCCGUACUGGAGUCAAGAAGACACUUAAAAAGCGAGCUGACCAUUCAGAGUACAGCAUUCUGUGGUUGGCUAACAUGUUAAGACUACUGAACAACAUGCGUCAAUACAGCGGCGACGCGACCUACCAAGCGAGUAAUACACCUCGACAGAACCAACAAAGUUUACGUAUAUUUGAUCUUUCCGAGUAUAGACAGGUGUUAAGUGAUAUUGCUAUAUGGAUAUAUCAAGGCCUAAUAACUCACAUCCAGACUCAAUACGAGCGCCUCAUAGUCCCAGCGAUAUUAGAGUACGAGGAAAUAAGCGGCCUCUCCGGUCCAAAGGCGAUACCUGCGCCAGCGCCAUCUGCCGGGCCAGCGAGGUUAAAACAUGAUUUGGGGACGCUCCACGAGCAUUUGAAAGUGCAUCAAGUUGAUUCUCCUUUGCGCGCUAUGAUAUUCAAACAGCUGUUUUACUUCAUUUGCGCAUACAGUCUGAAUCAGCUACUUCUCCGUAAGGAUCUAUGCUGCUGGGCCAAAGGUCUGCAGAUCAGGUAUAACAUCUCGCACCUAGAGACCUGGAUUAAGGAGAAUUUGGCAGAGUACGGACAGAAAUGUGUUGAAGAUACGUUAGCCGUGCUAAAACCAAUUACUCAAGCGGUACAGCUGUUACAGGCGAGAAAGUCUAUGGCGGAUGUAGCCAGUACCGUAGAAAUGUGCGCGGAUCUCACCGCUAUACAAGUUUGUAAGAUCCUGAACAUGUACACACCUGCCGAAGAUUACGAGGUGAAAGUAACAAAGGAGUUUAUCCACGAAAUACAGAAACUAAUGAAGAGCCGGCCCGGUGCUGAUACAGAAUCUAAAAAUCUACUGAUGGAUUCCAAGGUAAUUUUCGCCGUGCAGUUCCAGUAUAGUCCAUCAUCAAUACGUCUCGAAGACAUUGAAGUACCUAACGUGUUGGAAUUGGACGGACUACUCACCAAAAUAUAA